AUGGCAUUUCAGUUGGUUCGGAUUUGGGCGAAUGGUAAUGUGGAAUGGGAUUUCAAACAAGGUGGAAAGUUCGUUCUCUUUGGUGGGACCGUCACUGGAACAUUCGGAGAAAUUAAGGACAAUGAAGAGAUCAAUAUGUCGUGGAGGUUGAAAUCGUAUCCGAAUGACCAUCAUGCCAAGAUUAAAUUCACGUUGAAGGAUGAGAGUGACUCCACAUCGUUAACUGUGAAUGCCGAAGGAGUGCCAUCACAUAUGGCCGAAGAGACUCGCAAUGGACUAACUCGUUAUUACCUUCAAUCCAUCGCCCGUGCAUUUGGCUUCAGUGCACGCAUAAAUUAG